ACUUUUCCAGAAGCAGAUACUCUGACUCACAGGAAAAGAGGGUUGCAAGAGGAGAUAGCUGGGGAGCUUAUUUUGGGGCCGGAGGUUGAAAAAGAAGGAUCUGAUAUGUUGUCUUGUAGCAGUGAUGAAGGACUCUUUGCAAAGUCAACUGCUAGUCUACUGGAAGAAAUGCAGUAUGAUGAUGCUAAAGAAUUACUUGAGAAAGAAUUGGAAGAAUUACGACAGACAAAGCAAGAAGUUGAAGAUAAUUGCUCUCUUUUAGAGGCACAGUUGCAGCAACAGCAGGAUCGUGGUGAUAUGGAGAAAAGGCAACUGUUGUCUAAACAUAGACAGAAACAAAGUGAGCUGAAGAAACAAAUCCAAAGCCUUGAAGAGCAGCAGAGGAGACUCAGCAUCACAAAAGAAGGGAUUGAAAAUCAAUUAGAAGCCAUGGAAUAUAAUCUGUUAAAGCAGCUAUCGGACAUCCAUAAACUUCAAAAUGAAGUGUCCAGUAACAUGAAUUCUAAUAGUACUUCACAGCUGGAAUUAACCACAGGCACUGCUGUUCGAGCAGAUCAGAAAUCAGAGACAGACACUGACUAUCAGCAUCAAAUCCAUGCGUUGCAACAUAAGAUUGAAACUGAAAAAGAACACCUGCUGACUGCUCACAGAGAGGCAAUGGCUGAGGAGGAAAAAAAGGUCAUAGAAACUGAAACUGAGCACAGAAAAGCAAUUUUAAGGCUUACAAAAGAGCUGAAAAGUAGCAAGAUGGCACUAGAGCAGUAUAAGAAUGAUGCACAGAGUCUUGAGGUUCAACUGAAUGAGUUGCAGCAGGAGGUUAAGACUAAAGAUAGGGAGCUACAGAUUUUGCAAGGAAAGCAGCAACGAAAGGUUCUACCUAUUUUACCCUCUGAAAACAAGGAAUUUUCAAGGCUUAAAGAAGAGAAAGAAUGCCUGCUGAAGGAUAUUCAGGUUAAAAGUGCAGAAAUUGAGAGAAUGCAGGUACUCCAAACUACUGGGCUAGAGAGAUAUGAAGCUCAUUUGGAAAGAGAAAGACAAGACUGUCAGGAUAAGCUUGAAACGGUAACUAAAGACGCAGAACGUAAAAUUAUCACUUUUAAAACAAAGAUGUCAGAAGAGCAAACUCUAUUUAAAAUGCGCUGUAAUAUUCAAGUUGAAAGUACCCAGCAGGAGCUGAAAUCGUGUCAGUUGACUCUCAAAAAAUUGAAGGGGAGAGUUGAAACAGCAGAAAAGCAGUCAGAACACCUUUUAUUUCAGCUCUCUCAGCAGAGAGAUGCGGUGAAGGUUAAAGAGAGUCGAAUAGAAGACCUUGAAAACAUGCAAAAACAAUAUCAAGAUGAGAUAAGCUCUAUUCAACAGGAAAAGCAAGAACUUGAGUUACAUUUAAAAGAACACAUAAACCAACUACAGAGUGAGUUACAAAUAGUAAAGUCAGAGCUGAGACUAGGUCAAACCGGGGUAGUCGAGACCUGCUCAUUUGAAGUGCAAAUGCCUCACACCCCCGUUAUAACAAGUAGGCAAUCCUUCCACUCAGACGUCGCCUACAACGUUGAGAUAGUCUCACAGAUGAAGGAGCAGCUGGAAGAUCUACAAAUGUGUCUCGUUCAACAAAACAGUUCUUCCGGCACAAAAAAUGAAUUAGCAUUGGUACAGGAGCUCUUGGAGAUCAAUACGUCUCUGAAAGAACACUUAGAGAGCGAGCGUACAGAGAAACUAAAGGAGAUUGCAACUCUUGAACAUAAAGAUCUAGAGAUUCAAGCUCGAGCCAGAAGAGAGGAGGAAUAUCGUGUUUGUGUAAAUGAUUCUAUACUUAAAGGAUUGGAACGAGACCUUUACAAUUUUCAGCAUAAAUCAGAGGCACGCUUGAACUCUUUUUCUGAAAAACUGAAGGAUGCAAAUGCAUCUAUUCUUAGUUUUAUUGAAAGAAUGAAGAAAAACAGAGAAAGUAUCAUUCGUGCCGAAACUUUCACUUCAGAUGAACUUCAUAAAUCUCAAGUUACAGAGGUUUGCUGCAGGUCAGAAAAUGAUAAACAACGAAGAAUGCAUGAAGAAGAACUAGAGCACUUGGUCACUGACAAAAAGCGGGAGAUUAGUGAAUUUGACGAGCAAAUUUUCCGAAUGGAGGCUGCUGAUAUUAGUGUACCAGGGUACCCAGUUCACAUGAAAAAUGACAGCGUCUCUAUUAGUUCAGGUUCAGAAGUUCAUAGAGAUGUUACAGAUGGAAAUGAAGCCGUAGUAGAACAAUUCAGUGAAGCGCAUGAAGAAAUCAAAAUGAGGGCUCCUGCGAACAGUGCGCAUAGGUGCCCAGUGGAGAUAAAUAAUAACCCCAGAAUACCUGUAUAUGAAUCUGUGGAGGUAUUGAUGCAGUAUGAUGACACCGCAUUGCAACAUGAUUUUAUGGUAACAAACGAGCACCCCCAAGAUCAACAUGAACAAAAGGCUGAGAUGGAAAAGGUAACUUUGUACCCACAAAUUAAAAGUUAAUAUUUUACUUGAACUCCUUACUUGGUGAUCUGUGUGCCCUAGUGCUAUCUUUAUGUACAGAUGAAUGCAGAGCUGAAAAAUGAACUUGGGCGGUCUCGGCGGAAAAUAAUGGUGAUGGAGCAGCAAGUGUUUCUCCUGGAACAAACUCUACAGGAAAAAGAGUUAGUGCUGCAUGCAGAAACUAAAAAAGGAGAUGGUGAGAAGCAAGAACAAACCCUUGCCACAGCUAAAGGAAAGGAUUCUGCUCGUCCUCAACAAGUCAACUCCUUAAAAUUACAGGCAGAUGGAUGUAAAGCACAACUUCAUUCUAUUUACAGUCAGCUUGGUCUUAUUCAACCAGAUAUGGAUCAAAUUGAUUACAACCACCUUGCUGCAAGGGCUGAAGAUAAAAUAGCACUUCUAUUUAAGCAGAUAUCAAAAGAGCAGAGUUUACGUCAGGAGGUUGAGAUAAAUAUGGGGGAAAUUCAGGCUGAGUGGCAAAUGCAGGAAAGCAAUGGCUAGUGGAACAUGAAGAGGAAGUGAGGGCACUGAGGCAACGAAACUUUCAUCUAACACAAAUGCUGCAAGAUACACGUGCACAAUACCAUGACUACAUUGCAGACCGAGAGAGAGAGAAUGCUGAUAUCUUGCAAGAUCUGAUCGCCAAACAGGCAGAUAUGGAGAGUGAACUGGAAUUGAGGACAAAUCAACUGAGUCAGAGUUCAUUUAGAAGGGAUAGCCAGUCCGAGCAGAAGGAAGUCAUGCUAGAACUUCUGGAGCAGCUCUGCACACAGUUGCUGGCUCCCUCUGAUUAAAGGGUGUAGGUACAUGUAGUUAGCACAGAUACGUAAUUGCUUUGCAUGCUUAAACUGAACUUGAAUUUUGUUAAAUUUGUCUUAUACAUGAGACACUUACCAAUUGUAAAAAGGCUCAUGCUGUAUGAACGACGUUGUAAGGCUC